UUCGCCGCACGUGGCUCCGACCCGGUGCAGCCCCGGGACUCCCGGGCUCCUUCUGCCUUGAGUGGGUGAAUUGCGCCGAGGACGUCACCAUGCCUAAGAUACCAAGAGGAAAAAAUCUUGGACAGGAGAAAAAAGUCGUCCAUCCAUACAGUAGAAAAGCAGCUCAGAUGACAAGAGAGGCCCACAAACAACAAAAAAAAGAGAAGUUGAAAAAUGAAAAGGCAUUACGUCUUAGUCUCAUUGGUGAAAAACUUCAGUGGUUUCAAAAUCAUCUGGAUCCUCACAAAGCAGGCUAUUCAAAGAAAGAUGCAUGUGAAUUAAUUGAAAGGUAUUUGAAUCGCUUCAGCAGCGAGCUGGAGCAGAUUGAACUGCACAACAGCAUCAAGGACAGGCAGGGGCGACGCCACUGUUCCCGGGAGACGGUCAUCAAGCAGACGAUGGAGCGGGAGCGGCAGCAGUAUGAAGGAUACGGCCUGGAGAUUCCAGAUAUUGUAAAUUCAGGAAAUCUGAAAACUUUCAGGGAAUGGGAUUCUGAUCUGAAGAAAUUACCAAACAUUAAAAUGAGAAAAAUUUGUGCUAAUGAUGCAGUUCCUAAGAAGUGCAAGAAGAAAGCUAUUACUACAGCUGCAGACAAAGAUUUAGGGGAAUUGAAACUAGAAGAUGAAUCAAGUGACACAGAUGAGGAAAUGACUGCAGUGGCCUAACUGUUUUUACUUGAUGUGAAAGUAAUUUGAGAACCUCAAGUUAAACUCAAGUAACUGUGGUAAAUAACUGUCUAGAUCCUAGACUUUGCUGUUUAACUUAUUGUCUGCAUAAAGUGAGAGUCCCCCACCCACCCCCCACCCCCGCGCCGUGCACCAUUUGCAGUUUUAAAAACAAUGUAAAAUUUUUAUUUAAAAUAAAUGUUGCUUUCCAUUUACACUAAAUUGCUAAAAGAGAAGUGAUCAGCAAAAUCCAUUUACAUCUGAAUUUUUGAGACUGGAAAACAAUUUGAAUCUGGACAAAUGUUUUAAUGUUCUCCCCACCUAAUCUCACAUUUUAGAAUGUGUUCAACAGCCUUUUUUUCUCAAAGGAUAACUUUAUGAGCAGUGCCGAUACCAAAAGUAUCUUUUAGGGAUAGUUUGUUCAAAGUCUUUCUCUUAAAUGCUGUUUUUCCUUAUAAAUUAGCAAAACUGAGGCCUGUGUCAAAAGGCUGGAGUCGACGCUUUGCAUGCGUGUCCCCUGCAGACUGCCAGGCAAGGGCCCAGGACACUGUCUGGUAUGGCCCCCCCAAGAAACUAAACAAAUAAAAUAAAAUGUGAUAACGGGAGUCAUAAACGCUAAUGGAGUUUACCUUAUUUUUAUUUUUUUGAGCCAGAGUUAUAUGGUAUAAAAAAUGUCUAUUUCUAUAAUGUUGAUCUGUACUAAAUCUGUUAUCUUUUGAUAAAAAAGGACAUGUGAUGAGAUUUGUAUAUGUUGUGUGUGUUUUUACUGCUGCUUAUUGUGAAAGGUGAUUUGUUGUGGAGUUACUUUUUAUUUUUGGAAACAGUACUAAAUAUUAGAAAAAUCAAUUGUUUCCGUUUAUUUAUUAGUUUUCCCUAAGAGGUUAAGAUUAAAUAGUCUGCUAUUCAAAAACCAGGAGAAACAGAGAUGUGGCUGAAUUUGCUCUUUCUAGAACUUGCACAAGAAUCUAUUCAUCUAAAAAAAUGCAAUAUAAGUGUACUUGAAUAUUAAGAACAGAAGUAAGUGUACUUGAAUAUUAAGAACAGAAGAAAAUGCUGAGAGGUUGACUAGAUUAUCAGCAGUCUUGUUAACAGUUUAUUUAAAAUGUUACAGGUCUUUUACUUCUGGAAAAUUAGUUUUUUCUAUAAUUUCACUUACUACGCCCUAGUUAAUUUUCGGUGAUAGAACUGAUGUCAGUAUUCUUGUGCUUUAGUAAUCUGUGAAAGUAUGAUUUUUUGAUUACAUAAUAAAUUUCUGUCUUGUUA